AUGGAUGUCUUGGAUUGGAUCACAACGAGUCCAUACAAUCACCACAACUGGGGUUAUAAUAUAUGGGGACAGUUGGGUAGAGGUGUGACACCAGAAGAGGAUUAUUCAAAACCCAAGAGAAUAUCGUAUUUCGACGACAAAGAUGUCCAACAAAUCAGUUGCGGUUUCCAACACUCACUGGCCCUCACAUCCAGUGGACAGGUGUAUGGGUGGGGACGCAAUUGGGAGGGACAGAUUGGAUUGGGUGGUUUUGGGACAGUAUUGCGAGUGAAACACAAGUCUCAUGGACAGGUAUAUGCCGUCAAACGCAUUCAAAUUAAUGAUUUUGAUGAAAAAGAAGUGCAAAAUCUGGUGAAUGUUAGAUCAGAAUAUGUGGUCAGAUAUUACCACUCAUGGCGUGAACCGGAUUUUGGUUACAUUCAGAUGGAGUUGUGUUCCCAUAGUCUGAAGAAUAUUCUUGAACUCAAAGCACAAGUAUUUGAGAGACAAUCGGGAGAUCCCAUGGAUUGUAUCGAGUAUUUCAUUUCGUGUGAAAUAUUCCGUCAGAUCUUAGAAGCCGUGCAAUACUUGCAUGAAUUGGACCCUAAGAUCAUUCACAGAGACCUCAAACCCGACAACAUAUUGAUUGACACGAAUGCAGGGAACGACAGAUUUGUGAAGUUAUGUGACUUCGGUUUGGCUACAGUUCACGACAAACGCAUUCACUACAGGACUACACAAAAACAUACGGCAGAUGUGGGAGACCUACACUAUAUCGCACCGGAAGUAUCUCAGGGGAAGAAGUAUAACCAGAAGUGCGAUGUCUAUGCCGUCGGACUAAUUGGUGGCAAACUAUUUGACAUUAAUGUCGAAGAAAUUGAUCAAGACAAUCCGAAAGACUACUCAACAACACAUACUGUUCUAAACGCACCGGUAUUACAGUUGCAAACUAUAUUGGAUUCAAUGGACUGCGGCAUCAAAUGGCAUAAAAGGCCGGACUGUAGGCAAGUGUUGGGUAAAUACAAAGACUGGUCCGUGGAUUGUAAUAUUGUGGUAACUGAUCCGGUUUGUGUCAAAGACUACCAACUCUUUGGUCAUCCCUUUAUCGCAGUCUUCGUGAGCGCUGCAAACUUUUCCGCUGAGCACCGGAUGUCUUAUACGGGACACCGAUUUUUUUGUGAUUACAAGCACUGCACGAAACACUACUCACUCUGGGGCGCGCUUCGAGAGCACAUGAGUACCGGUAAUCACGUGUCGGGACAGCCCUUCCAGUGCUGA